GUGCCCUGAAUGAGCAAGCUUCAGUAGACCUUGUCAUGUCGGCCGAAUCAUUGCUCUGCUACACCAGAGGGUACAUGUGGCUCGCGGGGCAACAGCUUCGAGCGGGGUCGCUCCCGCUGAAAGUCCGUAUAACGCCGCCUGUGUACCCCGUGUUUCCGGACAUAGAGCGUAAUCACGAGCGAACAUUCAAGCCUAGUACAAUUUCGCUCCAUAGUACCGUUGUCAUCGGUAGUGUUGGAGUUAUGAUUUGGAUCAAUUUAGAUCAAGUGCUGUUGGCGGAAUCACAUGUCUCAUCCGUACCUCGCCGCUGAGCUUACUGACCCAUUGAAUAGAUUCACCUUUUAACGACAGUUUCAUAUUCCUGUCACCUUCAAUCAUCCUCCCAGUAUUACUGUCAUGGCAAACGCUGAGCGCGCCGCUUUCCAGGUUGAGGUCGCUGAGGUCGAACGGUGGUUCCAGAGCCCACGUUUCGCCAGAGUGAAGCGGCCAUAUACCGCUGCUCAGGUCGUCGCGAAGCGGGGUAGCAUUCCAAUCAAAUAUCCUUCCGAGAUUCAAGGAAAGAAGCUCUUCGCCCUGCUCUCCGAGCAUGCCAAGAAUGGUACACCAUCACACACAUAUGGGGCCCUAGACCCUGUACAGGUUACCCAGAUGGCCAAGUACCUUGAGACAAUUUAUGUUUCUGGUUGGCAAUCCUCUAGCACGGCUUCGUCUACCAACGAACCCGGCCCCGAUCUUGCUGAUUACCCCUCGAAUACGGUUCCUAACAAGGUUGAGCACCUAUUCAUGGCACAGCUCUUCCAUGACCGUAAGCAACGCGAAGCUCGUUCGAAUAUGUCCGAAGCAGAGCUUGCUGCGACACCGUUCAUUGACUAUCUCCGUCCACUCGUUGCCGAUGCUGAUACUGGACAUGGUGGCCUCACUGCGAUUAUGAAGCUUACAAAGAUGUUCGUCGAAAAAGGCACGGCUGGUGUUCAUAUCGAGGAUCAAGCACCUGGCACAAAAAAAUGCGGACACAUGGCAGGUAAGGUUCUUGUGCCCAUAUCUGAGCAUAUCAACCGCCUCGUUGCCAUUCGACUUCAAUACGACAUCAUGGGUGUAGAGAAUUUGGUCAUUGCACGGACCGAUUCAGAAGCCGCUACCCUGAUUACCUCAAACAUUGACGACCGUGACCACCCCUUCAUUUUCGGCUCCACAAAUCCGGAUCUUCCCCCUCUUGUGAACGUUAUGACAGAUGCCGAGAAUGCCGGAAAGUCUGGUGAUGGUUUGCAGGCGGUUGAGGACGCUUGGAUUGCGUCUGCGAACUUGCAGUUGUUCUCUGAGACCUUGGCUAAUGCCCUGUCCGCACAAGGUGCAUCGAAGGCUACCACGGAUCGAUUCAUCUCCCGUGUUGCGCACUCGUCAUACCCUCAAGCAGUGGUCAUUGCACAGAGAGAGUUUGGUCUCAAGUCCGUACCCUACUGGAACUGGGAUACACCUCGGACCCGGGAAGGGUUCUAUCGCUACCAAGGUGGCACCCAGUGUGCGAUCAAACGGUCUAUUGAGUACGCACCAUACGCCGAUGCCCUUUGGAUGGAAACAAAGAAACCGAUCUUGGCCCAAGCCCAGGAGUUCGCUCGCGGGGUCCAUGCUGCACGCCCAGGUCACUGGUUGGCAUAUAACCUCAGCCCUUCAUUCAACUGGGAAGCCGCUGGUUUGAAUAGCCAGGAUAUGAAAAAUUUUGUCUGGGAGCUGGGCAAACUUGGCUUCGUCUGGCAAUUUAUCACGCUCGGCGGCUUGCACUCCAAUGCAUACAUAAGCGACCUUUUUGCUCGCUCAUAUGCGAAGGAAGGUAUGAAAGCGUACGUGGAGAUUGUCCAGAGCAAAGAGCGGGAGAUUAGCUGUGAUGUCUUGACGCAUCAAAAGUGGAGUGGCGCUGAUUACGCCGAUAAUCUCAUAAAGACUGUGACCGGUGGUGUAUCGUCUACAGCAGCCAUGGGCAAGGGUGUCACCGAGGACCAGUUCAAGGCUAAACUGUGAUCUACGGCACUCACGAUCAUCUUAGAUUGAUCUUAAAAGACAUUCUACAAAUACAUCAGAAUUAACAUCUGUAUUGUUGUCCGGAACCAUUCCACGUCAGCUGUAGUUUUAUAUUUUUUACCAGUAGAACACAAGUACUUGCUGGAUUAUGCACUUCUUAUCGGCA